AUUUUUGUGGCUAAUACGGAAAUACGCGACAGUCGCCACCCUGAAGUGGCCCUCAGAAACGAUCAUGAAAUCAACGGCAGCAGGAGUAGCCUUGCUACUUCUAGUUUUAAAUCACUCAAGUGAUGCCUAUAUCCACAAUUGGCAUUCGGGUCCCAUCAACUGUUAUGAGUGCUCCACCCUCGAUGAGUGCUCGGCAGGAUCAGGAGCCCUCCGCAAAUGUCUGAACAACGAUGGUCAGAGCUGCGUGGCUAUAUUCAACAGCAAUGGCGAUGUCACCCAAAGAGGUUGCAGCGAUAAUUUAGAAUCAGUUUGCUCGGAAAGUGGGGAUAAUUGCUACGAGUGUCGAUCGCACGGCUGUAAUUCCCUGAAAACCAAUGAGAACUUGCUCGAGUGCGUUGUCUGCGAUGCCCAGAGCGAUGAUAAUUGUGUUUUUGAUACCGAACUUGUGACUGAGAAGAGGAAAUGUAACGAACAGUGUGUGACUGCACUGUAUCCUACGAACAGUGAAGUGGGUGCUCCCUUAGAAUUGGUUCGCAGCUGUUUGGAUGAUCUGGAUCUGGAUGAUCGGGAGGCUUGCACUGAAGGAACUCUGGAAAAUUGCGUUGCCUGUAGCUCAGCCAGUUGUAAUAUUGUGGACUUGGGUGUUCGAGGAAGUUGUUAUUCCUGCCAAGGAGAUUGCAGCAGUCCGCAGUCGACAACCUGCAGAGCAGUUCCUUCAGGAGACAAUGCCGAGAGCUGCUUCAUCGAAUUCGAUGAGUCAGGAAAGAUCUACGAAAUGGGUUGCCUAAGUCAGUACAACGUAAGCGACGUCACCCUGAUGGAAACCAACAAGCAAUUGUGGUACUGCUCCGGUGAUAACUGCAAUGUGGAAUCUGCUCUGGCCAAGCCACAGAAAUGCACUUUGUGCAGUUCCCGUACGGAUGAUGACUGUGCUGUGGCUCCGGGAGAUGUUGCCACGGAAACUGAUUGCGAAAGUCUCGUGAAUACCGAUUGCUAUUCAAGGAUCCUCGAUAAUGGACACACAGAGAGGGGUUGCCUGACCAGUUUGGAGGGUGACGAUUACCUGGAUUGCCUUAAGGACAGUAAUACCACAAAGUGUCUCAGGUGCACCGGAGAGAAGUGCAACCAGGAGCUCCAGCCCAGCGAUCGUUUAAGCUGCCAGAUCUGCGAUUCCAGUGUGGAUGCCACCUGCGAGACUGCUCCCUCUGCUUCUGCAUUAUGUCUGCUGCACACCGCCAACCAGCAGUGUAUAACGUCCAUAGAUCUCUCGGGAAAUACCCAACGUGGAUGCACUGCAUCAGUGGAAUGUGACUCCACUAAUCCCAAAAGGUGUCAGGUCUGUUCUGGAACCGAUUGUAACAGCGAAAAUCUAAAGAGGCUAGAGGAUGGUCAGCCAGGAUUGUGGGGUCAGGACUUGCCCCUGACCUGCCAGACUUGUACAGAUGCCACAAGUUGUGCCGCCGCCGAAAUAUCGAAUAUUGCCUGCUCCAGUGAAUCGGAAUACUGUGUGACGGUGUUCAGUGCUGAGGGCGCAGUGACUGCCAAGGGUUGUAGUCAGGUGGUGGAGCAAUCCUGGGCCACCUACUGUGAUGCCAAUGGUGGAAAUUGUCACAAUUGCAACUCCAAUGAGUGCAACAAUGCCACAUCCCUGAACUCUUACACUGAAUGCAUCUACUGUGAUUAUGAAAACGAAGAUUGUGCCACAAAUGCUGCAAAUGUUAAGACCCGUCGUCUUUGCAAUGGCCAAUGUAUGACUGCCUCUCGCCGCAGAUCCACUGAGAACUUCAUCUACGACACAGUUCGAGGAUGUUUGGAUGACAAGGAGCCGGAGGAUCAGGCCACCUGCGUUGCUGGCACCGACAGUGCUUGCAUAGCUUGCUCUGGAGCCAACUGCAAUGUGGAAAACAUUUCCGAAAUCACACAGUCCUGCUAUAAGUGCUCCGGAGCCGAUUGUGAUGAACCGGUGGCCAGUCAAUGCAGCCAAUACAGUCCCGAUGAUCGUUGCUAUAUCCUGUUUAACUAUGAUGCUGAUAUCACGGCCAUGGGUUGCAAGUCCGAUCUGGAUGAGGAGUUUGUCGAUGAUUACUUCCAUUCUCUACUCUUCUGCGAGGCCAACAACUGCAACUUCUUCGAUAUUCUGCCAACACCCACGCAGUGCUACGCCUGCGAUUCUUCCGAAGAUCCCAACUGUGCUACGGAUCCCUCAAAGAUCACUCUAAUAGGAAACUGUGGAGUGCUACCCUACACCAGCUGUCAGACCCGCGUCAGAAAUGGCAUCACCCAGCGUAGUUGCUUGAGCAGCCUGGAACGAGAGGACUUGGAGGAGUGCCUCGCCGGUACCGGAUCCUGCCAGGUUUGCGAGGGCGAUCGCUGCAACGUUGAAAUAUAUCCCGCUGAUCGUCGUCGUUGUCAUCGAUGCAACUCCCUGACCGAUCCCACCUGCUCCUCGGCUCCCGAUGCAUCAGAGGUGUGCCCAUACUAUUCGGAAACCGAAGGCUGCAGUGCCAAGUUGGUGGAUGGUGAGACCUACCGUGGUUGCCAGCGGGAAUUCACCUGCGAUGAUUCGGACAAACAGCACUGUCGCAUGUGCUCCCAGACCAACUGCAAUGUGGCUGAUCUGUCCAACUCCUACAUUGGAUAUCCGGGCAAGUGGUCCACGGCGCCAGUCAACUGCUAUCACUGCAAUGGCACUGAAUGCCAGGGAACGAGCUCGGGCACUCUUCGCAAGUGCACUGGAAACGAUGAGCAAAACUGUGCCACAGUUUUCGAUGCCUCUGGUGCCGUGACUUUCCGAGGUUGCUCGGAUGCUCUCUAUGAUGAUGAGGAGACUCUCCAAUACUGCGAUGAAAACUCCGGCAAUUGCAAGUUCUGCAAGUCAACGGGCUGCAACAAUGCCAAGGAACUGAGCAGCUAUGUGGAUUGUCUGUUUUGUGAUGGCAGCGAUGAGGCGGAAUGCGUCCGUAAGGUGGGAGAUAUAACAAGGACUCUGUCAUGCCAGAGCAGCUGCUUCACUGGUCUCUAUCCCCGCAAUCGGUCCGAGGCCAAUCCUGUCUACGAUCUAGCUCGUGGUUGUUUGGACGAUCUUGAGUACGAUGAUCGUGAGGCAUGCGCUGCCGGAACUUUGGAAAACUGCGUUUCCUGCUCGAGUGCCUCGUGCAACGUUGCUGAUGUGCCCGAGGAUCGUCUUAGCUGUAAUGUCUGCCAGGACUCUGAUUGUGAAACGACUGUAAGCCAACUUUGCUUGGGUCAUCGGGCCGAAGAUCAGUGCUAUAUCCAAGUGGCUGAUCUCAGUAUUAAGGCCAUGGGCUGUGUCACAGAUCUGCAGGAUACAUUCCUGUACACCAAUCGCAGGGAUCUAUAUCUCUGCUCCGGCGACGAUUGUAACACCAAGGAUAAGCUGAAAUUGGAUGGUGUUACCUGCAAUGUCUGUAAUUCCACUUACGAUGACGGCUGUGUCUCUGGUACUACAGCUUCGGCUACUGUCUGCCAACACUACAUCAAUCCUGAGUGCUACAGCUAUCUGAACGAGGAUGGCGUUUUGCUGCGUGGCUGCCUCUUGAACACUGAGGAUGACGUCUUCGAUGAAUGUUCCAGCUCAGGCAGCACCAACUGCACCAUUUGCAGCACAAAUAAUUGCAACAAUGAGGUGUACCCCUCGGACUGGCUGACCUGUCUGCGUUGCGAUUCUGCCGACGAUUCCGAUUGUGCCCUGAAUCCCUCCAGCUAUUCCAGCUAUUGUCGUAUCUACUCCGAGGACGAUGUCUGCGUCACUUCUCUGACCAAUGGUCGCACUCGUCGUGGCUGCCAAUCUGAACUGAAUUGCGAUGAGUCCCAGGCUGGAAGUUGCAGACUUUGCUCCGGACCCAACUGCAAUGAUGUGGAUCUGCAAUCGGGCUACGUUGGUGAGCCGGGCAAGUGGACGGAUCUCCCCUUGAGCUGUCAUGUUUGCGGAGAUGCAACCAGCUGUGCCUCCGUUGGCACGGAAACCACCAAGUGUGAGGGUAACAACAAGCAGACCUGCGCAACGGUGUUCAAUGCGGCGGGACAAGUGGUGGCCAGAGGAUGCAGUGAUGCUGUCCAGGCUGCCAAUACCGAUUACUGCGAUUUGAAUAAGGAUAGCUGUCUGCAGUGCAAGUCAGAUGGUUGCAACAACGCCGUGUCCUUGGAUGCCUAUGUCGAUUGCUACUUCUGUGAUGCCGAAGAUGAUGCGAACUGUGCCUGGGAGAAGCCUGAUAGCACCAGGAAGUGCCAGGGUCAGUGCAUGACAGGAUUGUAUCCUCGCAGCUCAUCUUGGGACUCCGCUCUGCUGCCCACUCGCGGUUGCUUGGACGAUCUGAAUGAAGCGGAACGUACUUCCUGCGCCGCAGGAACUCAUGCGAAUUGCACAGCCUGCACUGGAUCCCUGUGCAACGGAGAUGAUGUCAUCGCCAAUCCUCAAGAGUGUUAUGUCUGUAAGGAUCCUUACUGCGAGGACCCCGGUACUGCCAAAUGUGUGGCCUACAGGGAGAACGAUCAAUGCUAUUUGGCUUAUGAUGAGUCCAACGUGGUGGCCCUGGGAUGUGCCAGUGACUUCGAGACCCAGGUGAUCAAUGAGCUGGUGGCCCAGCAGCGGUUCCUUCUCUGUUCGGGACAAAAAUGUAACUCCUAUAGCAUCACACCCGAUCCCAAUUCUUGUCUGCAUUGCUCAUCAACGGACGAUCCUCGAUGUGCCACCAAUCCGAAUCAGUUGACUUCGACCGACAUCUGCGCCCAGUUGCCCUACACCCAGUGUGUGACCCAGAUUGAUGCUCAGGGCAAUACCAUUCGGGGAUGCCUGUCCAGCUUGGAUGGAGGAGAUUUCUACGAGUGUCUGACUGGCGAUGGGGAACUCUGCGACACUUGCACCGGUGAACGUUGCAAUGGCUUGUCCGUAUUCCCUGCCGAUCGUAGGAAGUGCUAUCAGUGUGACUCGUCCAGUGACCCCAACUGCGCUGCCUCACCAGCCACCAGUCUUACCAGCACGGUUUGCCCCAUUUACUCCCAGUUCGAGUCCUGUGUGACCACCCUAGUGGAUGGCAUUACCCACAGAGGAUGCAAUUCCUCACUCACCUGCUCGGAUCCCUCAGAUUCUCGAACUUGCCGCGUUUGCAAUUCCGCUGAUGGUUGUAACACCGUUAACCUUGAAAGGGCCAGCGAGGACGGCGAGCCUGGAGCCUGGCAAGAUACUCCAAUUGGGUGUCUGACUUGCUCUGGCACCGACUGCGCUUCCGGUGGAGGCACCCUAGAGACGUGUACGGGAUAUGAUAACUGUGUGACCGUCUUCGGCGAGACUGGAUCUGUUACCCAAAGAGGUUGCUCGGAGCCAGUCUUCGAGGCUUCCACGUACUGUGAGGAGAAUCCUUCCUCCUGUCCACGCUGCAACUCCAAUGGCUGCAACACUGCAGACUCCCAGGAUAACUAUGUUGAGUGCAUUGUUUGCGAUUCUAGUCAGGACUCGAACUGUGUUAGCAAUCCCACGAGUAUCACUAAGACACGCCAGUGCCAUGAACGUUGUAUCUCGGCUUUCCUGCCCCUGUUCAACGAAACCGAGGAUCCCAGCUAUGCGCUGAUCCGUAGUUGCUAUGAUGACCUGGAAAAGGAGGAUCGCGAUGCAUGCACAGCCGGUAGCAAGAGAUUCUGUGCCACUUGCCAGGGUGCCAAGUGUAAUUCCGAGGACUUGGUGGCCAGUCGCCAUAGCUGCUUGGUCUGCCAGGGUGAUGAGUGCCAGAAGCCCGAGGCUAGCAGCUGCUCCAACUACAGGGAGAACGAUGAGUGCUACAUUCAGUUCGAUGAGGAGAGUUCGAUAACUUCGCUGGGCUGCCUAAGUGAGCUGAGUCACGAGGAUAUCUAUCUGCUGAAGCGUUCCAAGAGAUUGCUGACCUGCAGCAAUAACGAUUGCAACACCAUUGAAUCCGUGCCAGAAACCGAAAGCUGCACCCUGUGCAGCUCCCGCACCGAGGCCAACUGCGCGAUUAGCCCUUCAAGUGUGACAUCUGCCACCAAUUGUGUCCUGAGCGGCUUCCCCGAGUGUUACUCUCGUGUCCUUUCCGAUGGCAGCACAGAGAGAGGUUGCCUCUCCAGCUUGGAGGACGACGAAUUCCUCUCGUGCUACAAUGGCACCUCGUCCACGUGCAGCUCCUGCCAGGGAAGUGCUUGCAACAAGCAGUUGUACCCCAGCAAUCGCCGAUCCUGCCAUGUUUGCAACUCCGAGUCGGACGCCAACUGUGAAUCCAACCCCAAUAGCCUUACCGUUUGCUAUCUGUACGAAGCAGAUGAUCAAUGUGUGACCAAUCUGAGGAACGGAGUGACCUACAGGAGCUGCUCCUCCUCGCUUAGCUGCGAGGCGAAUGCCAAGUCCUGUGUCUACUGCGAGGGUGAUGGUUGCAAUCAGGUCGACUUGGCCGCCAAGUCCGAUGACAACAUUGGUAAAUGGCAGGAUCUUCCUUUGGAGUGUCUUACCUGCGAAGGAACUGGAUGCCAGGAGGAAGACAUUCCAGCAGUCAAGUGCCAGAACAACAAUGAGCAGGACUGUUUGACCGUUUUCGGAGCAGAUGGAACUGUCACCAGACGUGGCUGCCAGGAUGAGGUCGAAUCAGAUGCCACCAUUUCAACGUACUGCGGCUCCAAUGCAGGAAGCUGUCCUUCUUGCAAGUCCAACAGCUGCAACAAUGCCACCGCACUUAGCCAGUACACCACUUGCAUUUACUGCGACUCCUACAAAGAUUCCUCCUGCCUGUGGGAUCCCACAAGCACCAGCCACAGGACUCGUCAGUGCCAGGGACAAUGUAUGACUGCUCUCUAUGGCAGCUCUGAGUCUGGACUGGAUCUUAUCCGAACUUGCUUGGACGACAAGGAGGAGGCCGAUCAACUGACCUGUGCCAGUGGCAGUGAUUCUACCUGCACCGCCUGCAGCGGUGACUCCUGCAAUGUCCACAGUGUCCCUGAGGAUCGUCUGAGUUGCUACACCUGCGAGGGCGACGAGUGCGAGGAUCCGCAGCCCCAGACUUGCGCUGUCUACAAGCCCGAGGACAGCUGCUUCCUGUGGGUGGACGAAGAUAACGAUCUCAAGCAACUUGGCUGCCUCAGCUCCUUCCGCAAUCAGGAUCUGGAGUCCAUUAUCAAGACCAAACGCAUUGCUGUCUGCAAUGGCACCAACUGCAAUGUUCCCCAACUGCAGUCCUCCGUGCAAUGUGCUGUCUGCGAUUCGCGAGAUGAUCCAACCUGCGCCACUGAUGCCCAUGCCAUUGGAAACUUCGAAACCUGCAGUCAGUUGCCGCACACAGGAUGCUACACCAAAUUGGAGAGUGAUGGUUCCACCAACCGUGGUUGCCUCUACAACCUUGGCCAGUCUGAAUUUGCCGCCUGUCUUUUGGAAACCGAUGCCAACUGCACGGUGUGUUCCGUUGAUGGAUGCAACCGCGAGGUCUUCCCCGCUGACCGUCAAGUGUGCUAUUCCUGCACCUCGGCCGAUGAUAACAGCUGUGAAUCAGAUCCCAGAUAUACCCUCGCCUGUCCAUGGGUCAGCGAGACAGAGACCUGUAAGACCUGGCUUUCCGGAAAUGUUACAACACGUGGAUGCAGCAGCAGCGUUGAAUGCGACUCCACUGAUUACCUCAAUUGCCGCACCUGCUCCGGCAGUGAGUGCAAUGCCAUCGAUCUGGCCAAUCGGGUUGAUGAUGGUCAGCAUGGAGUGUACCAGGACUUGCCACUGAAGUGUCACACCUGCGUGGGAGAACAUUGUCUGAAUUCGCUGGGACCUGCUGUGGCAUGUUCCCUAAACAUCGCACAGGACUGUAAGACUGUCUUUGCGGCUGAUGGUGUUACGGUGAAGAGGAGAGGUUGCUCGGAUGAUGUGGAUGACUACGAGGAUCGCUAUUGCCGACAGAACCCCGCUCUCUGUUUCACCUGCAAGUCGAAUGAGUGUAACGAUGCCUGGUCCACGGAGGAGUACGUAAGCUGUACCUUCUGCAACUCGGCAAACAGAUCGUCCUGUGUCACCGAUCCCACGGAAUCGGACUUGGCCAAGCGCAGUUGCAAGGGCCAGUGUCUGGUGGCUCUUAAUGGUGUGGACCUGAUCCGAUCCUGUGUGGACGAUAAGGAGCUGUACGAUCGCUCGGACUGCAGCACAGACGAGAGCGGUACUAACUGUGCCACCUGCUCCGGAGCCGACUGUAACACCUUCUCGUAUCCCGCCGAUCGUCUUAGUUGCCACACCUGCACGGACGCGACUUGUUCGAGCAGCCAAUCUGAAGCCUGUGUGGCCUACAAAUCGGAUGACUACUGUUUCGCCAAAUAUGCAUCUGCUGGCGGCGUGGAGCUGAUGGGUUGUGCCAGUAGCCAGAAUAGCUCCAGUUUGGAGGAAUGGCAGGAGGGCAAUCAGCUGUACUCCUGCCAGGGCAGUGAGUGCAACGAACUAAGCCGUCUGCCAGGAGAGGGAGAGUGCUUGGCCUGUGAUUCCAGCAGGUCAUUGGAGUGCGCCCAAGAUCCCACGGCUAUAACUGCAACCGUCACCUGUCACGCCCCCAACUCCGAUUGUAUCACUCGCCUGGAGGAUGGUCAUACCAUCCGUGGAUGCAAGAGUGCCUUGAGCACCACCGAUGGCAACAACUGUGUGGCUAAUGGCACCUGUUCCGCGUGUUCCGGAGCCAAGUGCAAUGCCGAGAUCUUCCCCAACAACCGACGACGCUGCCACAUUUGCAACUCCAAUGCAGAUGCCAAUUGCGCCAGCCAACCGAAUAGCUUGGCUGUGUGCCCCAUUUAUGUGGCAAAUGAUGGAUGUGUUACCUCCUACAACGAUGGCCUUCUGCGCCGAGGAUGUGCCAGCGAGCUGGAGUGCGAGAUCGACAACGAAGAUCACUGCAACAAGUGCUCCACGGAUGGUUGCAACACUGUUGAACUUAAGGGUUCGGCUGCGGCACUAUCUGGACUUGGCUUUGGUCUCACCAUCUUCGUCGCCUGGCUGAUCACCUCCACUCAGCGAUUGUAGGUUAUAGACAUAUAUGAAAAAGGUGCUCCAGUUCCAUUUCCUCCAUCUAGUUAAGUAGAUUUAUAUAGAGUACGCUUAUGUAAUUAGAUUGCUGUGCUGAGGCCGAUGAGGUCCGUGUUGGACCAAUCGCACGAUCUACCAAGGAUUUGUAAAUAAAACCAAACGACAAUUUCGAACAA